AAAAUGUUUCAUACUCGACUCUUAACUCGUCAGAGACUAGAUCAGUAAAAAUGAGCGGAAGAGGCAAGGGAGGCAAAGGACUCGGUAAAGGAGGCGCCAAGCGUCACCGUAAAGUUCUCCGUGAUAACAUCCAGGGAAUCACCAAACCCGCCAUCCGCCGUCUGGCUCGCCGCGGUGGAGUCAAGCGUAUCUCCGGUCUGAUCUACGAGGAGACUCGCGGUGUGCUGAAGGUGUUCCUGGAGAACGUGAUCCGUGAUGCCGUCACCUACACCGAGCACGCCAAGAGAAAGACCGUGACCGCCAUGGAUGUGGUGUACGCAUUGAAGAGGCAGGGCCGCACCCUGUACGGCUUCGGAGGUUAAACCAGAUCCUGACCCGCUGAUACCGAAACACAAAGGCUCUUUUAAGAGCCGCC